AAUGCGAAAUUCAUGUUCAAGCCAAUGAUGCAUAUUGACAAAGAAUGUUAAAAUUUACACCUAUGUCGAUCCUACACUUGCAACGUCAAAGCGGUUCGUUUUACAGUUGAAAAACAAGGGUCGAAUAAGGAUGACAGAAGACAUGGACCAACUAAACAAAUAUUUCAACAGAUCCGCAUCAGUAUCUUCGAAACCGAACGUUCUAGAAUGCCGGGUUUGCGAAGAAGUUUUCACUGCGGAAGGUGGGAAAGUACCACGUCUACUUCACUGCGGUCACACUGUGUGUCACUCUUGUUUACUGCGUCUUCGUCCCUGUGUGUCGGAUCAAAAGUUCCUUUUAUGUCCGUUCGACCGGCAGCCCACAGCCAUCAAGAAGAAUGGAGUGUAUAGUCUAAAGAAGAACUUUGUGCUCAUCGAACUUUUGGAAAGGCUAGAAGAGUCAAAUAUUGAGAAAAACAUGAAACUCGAACGGGAGAGGCUACAGUCUACUCAGCCGUGCGACGAAGAUGAGAAACAUGUUGCUGUUCUGUACUGCACAGUAUGCAUGACUCACCUUUGCGACGCCUGCGAUGUUCUCACUCACUCGUCAAAAACUCUCGCCAGACACAGGCGCAUUCCUUUGUCUGAAAAACCAAAGGAAAAACCAAAGUGUCCCACUCAUAGCACGCAUAUCGCUGAAUUCACAUGCACACAGGAUGGAUGCAACAGUGCUCUUAUGUGCUACCUUUGCAGGGACUAUGGGAGGCACAGUACUCACAAGCAUACAUUGGUAGAGACAGAAGCUGAGAAUAUCCGAGUUUCAAUCAUCACAGCAAUGCAAAAAAUGACUCUAUUUACGGAAAACAUGAGGGAUACAGCUCAUAGGAUAGAAAUUGUAAUACAGGAACUAGAAGGCUGGGCAAUAGAAGAUGCUCGGCAGCGAGUACGUCAGCACUUUGAAAAGCUGAGGUCACUGCUAGCAAAACAGGAAAAAGCAGCUGCAAUGAGCGUUGAUGCUGAAACAAGGGAAAGACUUUGCACGCUUAGAGAAUUACACGAAAAUCUGAAUAUGACUAGGACCCAAGUUGCCGAAGUUUGCAUUCAGUGGGAGAGUCUAUUGGGUUCUGAAGAUUGGAAACUGCUCAGCAGCGCCAGAGAUGUCAGCCAAGUUCUGACGUCAUUGGAACAGCAGCAGAAACAUUAUGCUCAGCUUGGUCCAGACCUGCUCACGCCCGAAUCCUCUAUUCCCAUAAUAUUUAGCAGGGACAACAGAGUUUAUAUUGGAACAAAGAUAGAAAUGCGAGUCGUGAUACUUGGCCUAGAUGGGGCUGGAAAAACUAGCAUUUUAUUUGCCAUGAGGGAUAUGGCUUUGUGCAGUCCGCCAAUUCCUACCAUUGGAUUCAACGUAGAGAGUCUGGAGUACAAAAACCUGGUGUUUGCAUUGUGGGAUGUUGGUGGACAACAUAAAUUGAGGCCACUGUGGAAGCAUUAUUACCAUAAUACUCAGGCUGUCGUUUUUGUUGUCGAUGCUAGCGAUAGGUUACGAUUCAAAGAGGCGCAUAAAGAACUGACAAAAAUUGUUAGCGAACCCGAACUGAAAGAUGCCUUGUUACUUAUAUACGCCAACAAGCAGGAUGUACCAGGUUGUGCGACAGUCGAAGAGCUGACGGAAAUCCUUUCGUUACAAAAAUUUUGCUGUGGUAGAGCCUGGCAUAUAGAGGGAUCUUCGCCUUUGACUGACUCCACUGGUCUCAUUCAGGGAUUAGACUGGCUGACACAGCAAUUGGGUGCAAACGAGGCCCUGUACACUAACAGUACCUAAUCAUAAAAAAUACUAGGUGAGUCUAGUUUUCUGAUUUACAUUAGGCACGGUUUGUAUCGCCACACGUUAUAUUCAUUAAUUCAACACCGAAAGCUGUCAAAAUUUUUUCGGUACCCCGCGCCACUUAAACGGAAGCAUGACCAGAAUCGGCUCUGCGCUUGAAGUAUUAAAUUAUCAUAACAGAGAAUAGUGUCAAAUGUGACGGUAAUGAAAAGAAAUGCAAUAGCCUUAUCAUUUUAGCUAAAAUAGACAUCUUAAAGGAGAUUCAUACCGGAGCUACAGUAAAAGAAGUGGGGGAAAAAAAUAUGAAGUGAUAGAGUGAACUUGAGAUUGGACACAUGAAUCACCCUAAAUCAGAGGCAGGAAAAUAAACGCAUCAGGAUAUCUCUUUUAGAUAACUUACAAGAGGCAUUGUAUAUUUGGUUUUAUAGAAGAUACAAAUCCGGUCUUCCAUUGAACGGACCUCUGAUAAAAAGUAAUAUGAAACACUCAUAUUCUGUACUUAUGAAUUAAUUUUAUUUUAUACCGCAAAACUGUCGUGCAUAAUUUUUUCUAAUAAGGCUAAUUAUAAAUUAUAAAAAUUGUCAAAAACUUCAUGUAAGCCGAAUACGUAGUCGAACGUGAUCGUGGGUUGUGGUUCGGUAAAAGCAGUAAAAGCGUCACGCUUCAAUAGAAGUAACCAUGGGUCAUUCUUUUUAAAUUAUUGUUUUAAAGAUAUUUUUUCUUGAGUCAAAACAAUUCGAAAAAAUGGUUUUUUAAAAUACAGCGAAUUCGGUGAUGUGCUAUGUGCAGUGGAUAGACACUGUAAAAUUGUACGAAAUUAGAUGGCAAAACACAAGUUCAUGAAAAUGUAUAUUUUCAGUUGAAGCAUUAGAACGUCAUCAACACAUGGGAAUUAAAAAAGAUUUUAAUCGUAAUUAUUUGUAGCGAAAAUUAAUCAGCUCACGUUUCUCCUAGCAUUGCAGGUAGAAAAAAUCUGGAGAACGAUUCCGGAAGAAGAUUACGGAUUGAAGCAAUUGUUUAAUGCAGAUGAAACUGCGGUUGAAACGACUUUUUCUUCAGAAAUGAUGAAAGUUAGGACAAUGUUAAAUUGGCUCAACUUUGUAGUUUUAAAUCUGAAGAUGCAAUCAAUGCUGCAAAUAUUGUGAUAGAAUAUUUCAAUUAUAAUAAUGGCUUAUCACCUUCAGUCUUUGAUGUGUAGAAAAAUGCCAAUGAGAUGGCUAUGAAAUUAGUACAAAAUUAAAAAUGCUCGAUAUUUUCCAAAGUUGUACAUAAAGUAAUUAUUUUUGCGACAGUACAAGAAAAAGAGCAUUGGAGUGCAUCUUUGUGUCUUAGUACUGAAAAGUGCUUUUUCUUGGUACUCCAUUAUACGAAAAAAAUUUGUAAUUGACAAUUUGGUUACAUAAAGUAUCAUGUGUCCCUUGAGAUAGUUUUUUUCGCCUCAUAUAUUUGCCAUAUUCGUCUUCGGCUUGUGCAUGCGCUCGCCUACGACUCAUUGCAAACUUACGCUUGGUGUAAGUUUCCUUGGUGCACAAUCUAUUUAAUUUUCUUAGCUCCGGUAAAGCAAUGUGCAGCUUCCAUUUCAGGACUACUACGUAUGUAUGUACAUUAGUGUAUAUUUAUAUAUGUCACCAAAUAAAUUACGAUAAUUAACGCUUUUAGAAACCAAUCGUCUAUUCUCUGAUGACGUCGUGCAAAUAUUGGGUAAAUAAAUUUUCCCCAAUCUCUAACAAGUAAAAGUUUACAAACGUAUUUAGUCUUCUUUUCGUUCCAUGUUUAUCAUUUUCCCAUGCAAACGGUAGAGAAACAAUGAUGGGAAAUUGGAAAUUGGCGAGUGUCAAUAAACAAAGCAAAGUCUAGAAAAGUCUUAUUUAUUUAUUAUAUGGUUAUUGGUGGUUUGAUACAAUUAUUAGCUAUUGUUAUCACUCACUCACGAUUUGCACACACCCAUCACUUUUUGCUUUUUUUUUCAAUUCAUAACCACUAUUAGAAGUCGCAGCGCAUUAUUACGACGCGUACCCACUGUACUUGUAAGGAGAAUGAAAUAAUAAUAUUAAUUCUUGUAUCAUCCAAAGUAAAUUUCAAAAUUACUUUAAUACAAUAUAAUAUAUAAAAACA